AUGGAUCCCGAGUUGAUAAUUGAAGAGAUAAAACAGCAAACCACACCCAGUACAUCCACUUUCACCACGGUUUACCCAUCGAACGAAAAUCGAAGCUCGUGGAAUAAUAUUACUGAUGUCAACGGCCAAAGCCUUAAUAUAUAUUAUUUCUAUGACUCAAUUCAGUUCACGGUGAUGUGGGUGCUCUUCGUUUCGAUAGUGGUGCUUAAUGCAUCGGUGAUUGCUGCAUUACUCUGCACUAAUGCGAGGAAGAGCAGAAUGAAUUUCUUCAUAAUGCAACUGGCUAUUGCGGAUCUGUUCGUUGGAUUAAUAUACGUGUUCGUUGACAUUGUUCAAAAAAUAACAAUCGCAUGGCUAGCGGGGGAGUUUAUGUGCAAAAUUGUGAAAUUCCUUCAGGCCGUAGUUAUGUACGCCUCCACAUACGUCUUGGUUGCUCUAAGUAUAGAUCGGUGUGACGCAAUAACGAAUCCUAUGAACUUCUCUGGAAGCUGGAACCGUGCAAGAGGACUUAUAGUAUCAGCAUGGCUCAUAAGCAUAAUUUUCUCAAUUCCACUUCUUAUUUUGUAUGAAGUAAAGGAAGUUCAAGGAGAGCUGCAAUGCUGGAUUGAUUUAGGAACACCUAGAAGAUGGCAAAUAUGGAUGAGCUUAGUAUCAGUGAUGAUUUUUGUGCUCCCUGCAUUGGCUAUUGCUGCUUGUUACGCUGUUAUAGUAUUGACCAUCUGGACUAAGAGUAAAGCUGUCGUAAUGAGUCCGCCCGUUAACUCCCGAAGAACUAAAACAAUGAGAAAUGGUCAAGUAGAAUGUGAUCCUGACUCAAGACGCGCCAGCUCCCGGGGUCUAAUACCGAGGGCGAAAAUCAAAAGUGUAAAAAUGACAUUCGUGAUUGUUUUCGUGUUCGUCUUGUGCUGGUCGCCAUACAUCGUGUUCGAUUUAUUACAAGUUUAUAACCACAUCCCACCGACGCAGACCAAUUUAGCGAUAGCUACUCUUAUCCAGAGUCUAGCACCGCUGAAUUCCGCAGCGAACCCCUUAAUAUGCUGUAUGUUUUCACCGCAUAUUUACACCAGUUUAAGGAGAGUUCCUCCAUAUCGAUGGCUGUGGUGUGGAAGGCUAUACAAGCGACAUGCUCGAGGCACGCUUCGAUCUCGUUCGGAUUCUACCGCAAACUCUGAUCUUCUCAGUUCAACGCACGCAAGACGGUCACAUUCUGUUGCAACGAUGUUGAACCGUUCUGGGAGCAGCAGUAUACCCAGAGCCCAAACAGAUAACCGCCGCACACAGAUUCUCGUCCUGGCUUCAUCUCGCGACUGA